AGCCCAUACCUUCCCGUACCGCUCCCCUCGCACACCGUAUAAACCCUUGCCUCCCUUAUUCUCCCAAGCUUCCCUACCAUCUUCUUCAAGCCUUGUCGAUUCCUGAGUGUUAGCUUCUUAUUUAAGAUCACCUGGCCUACUCGGUAUUCUUAUCAGAUGAGUUAAUGAGCAGCGGUUCCAUAUAACUCUUUAUCGUCCUUGCCUUUUUUUUUUUCUCUUCUUUUCUCCUUUGAUAUCGUAUCAGUAUUUCCGGCCAUACCGUACGAUACGUACCGCCUUGGCCGCUCGUUAUCCUGGUCGAAGUCUGCGUCCAACCUCCAGUGCAGUAGAGACGACCUCUGGAGGGCGCAAUUUUUCGUCGUCUGUCCUCUGCAUGUCGAGGAUAGUCGCCAUAUCUUCGUUUCCUUUCAAAUAAACACUAGUUUAUCAUUGGUAUUUCCUCUUUUCUUUAAAAAAAUAUUUCUUCCCCAGCCCUUGGGCGGCUAUAGACGACGCUUCACGGCGGGGUUCUCCGUACAACCUAUCUUCCCUCUUUUUUGGUGUUAUCUUUUUAAACUUUCUUGCCUGGUCCCUCCUCAGUACUUCCGACUUGCACUUAACUGUCCUCAAAAUGGAGUGGCAACCCCAAGAUGAGCCAUUGAGGCAGCUUGCCUGCUGUCUCAAGGACUCUUUGAACGGACAGGACCGUCUAGCUCGAAGACAAGCAGAGCAGAUGCUAGUGCAAGCGACCUCGUCUCCGGAUUAUGUCAACUACAUCACCUACUUGUUCUCUACUCCUCAAGUCCCCUCGACGGUGGGCAUGGAUCAGACCACUUACAACGUGGUCCGCUUCGCUGCUGCCAUGAACCUCAAGACGAAGAUACAUGUAGCCUACAACACCAUCGGUCAGCACAGUCUGGUAUACGUUCGCACUGCUACCUUGCUUGGACUUCGUGAUGUAGAUCCCCACGUGCGGAAAUCCGCUGGAAGCAUCAUAACGGAGCUGGUGUUUAGAGGAGGACUGCUGGCAUGGCCGGAGGUCCUGCACGAGCUUCUGUCACUCGUCUCGAACUUACCCGGGGAUGUUCCUGUUCUCGCGCAGGAAGCGGCCAUGUCGGCCCUGUCCAAAGUGUGUGAGGAUAACCGCAGGGUCCUUGAUAGAGACUAUGAAGGACAGCGGCCCCUCGAUGUCAUCAUUCCCAAGUUGAUGGAGUUCACCUCCAGUGAAAGCCCGAAUAUCAGGUCAUUGGCAUUGGCUACCAUCCAUACCUUCCUACCGCACAGACCUCAGGCACUGAUCGCUUCACUGGACCUGUUUCUGUCGUUGCUUUUCCGGCUCGCGGAGGAUUCGAAUACAGAAGUACGACGGAUGGUCUGCCAAUCGUUUGCGCAAUUAGUGGACGUUGCACCCGAGAAACUCAUCCCUCAUAUCGAGGGUUUGGUAAACUACAUUAUUAUGCAGCAAAAUAAUCUGGAGGAUCCAGAACUAGCUCUUGACGCGGCUGAGUUUUGGCUUGCCGCCGGCGAGCAGCAAAAACUACUGCAACCACUGGCUCCACAUAUGUCGAAGAUCAUUCCUGUUCUGCUUCAGAGCAUGGUAUAUGAUGAGGAUGACGCUAUCAGGCUGGCUGGUGAUGAGGAUGAUGCCGAUGUGGCAGAUCGUAAGGAGGAUCUUAAGCCCCAGUUUGCGAAGUCAAAAUCGGCCCGCUUGGACACAUCAAAGCCAGAUACAUCUACAAACGGUAAUUCCGGAGACAAUGAGGAUGACGAAGACGACCUCAGUGAAGGGGAAAUCGAAGAUUCGGAAUUUGGAGACGACCCGGAGGAUGAGUGGACGUUGAGAAAAUGCUCUGCUGCUGCAUUGGACGUGUUUGCGAAUGUCUAUCACAAUCCCAUUUUCGAAAUCAUACUUCCAUACCUGAAAGACACUCUUCGUCAUGAGCUAUGGCCGCAAAGAGAAGCUGCGGUUCUAACUCUAGGUGCUGUGGCGGAUGGAUGUAUGACUGCGGUCACCCCUCACCUCCCGGAACUCAUCCCAUACUUAAUAUCUCUAUUAAAUGACCCUCAGCCUGUUGUGAGGCAGAUCACCUGCUGGUGUCUUGGCCGAUACUCGGAAUGGGCAUCGCAUUUGCAGGAUCCUUCGGAGAAGGCCCAGUACUUCGAGCCCAUGAUGGACGGCAUUCUGCGCAGGAUGCUGGAUAACAAUAAGAAAGUUCAAGAAGCAGCGGCCUCUGCUUUUGCCAGUCUAGAGGAGAAGUCUGAUGACAAUUUGGUCCCAUACUGCGAGCCGAUUUUGCGGCAAUUCGUUCAGUGCUUUGGGAAGUACAAGGAUCGAAAUAUGUACAUCCUCUAUGAUUGUGUUCAGACACUGGCGGAAUGCGUCAUGGGGGAAUUAUCCAGACCUCAUCUUGUCAGCAUUCUCAUGCCUGCGCUCAUUGAGCGUUACAACAAGGUCACGGACCAGUCGCGAGAACUCUUUCCGUUGCUCGAAUGUCUUGGGUAUAUUGCGACAGCGUAUGGUGACGCAUUUGCUCCCUUCGCACCCCCUCUUUUCCAGAGGUGCAUCAAGAUUAUCUACGAUAAUUUGCAGGAAUAUAUCGCAUCGGUCCAAGGUCAUGCGAUCGAUGAGCCAGAUAAGGAUUUCUUGGUCACGAGUCUCGACCUUCUGAGCGCAAUUAUCCAGGCUAUUGAUCCUCAGAAGAGCGGCGAGUUGGUCGCGAACUCUCACCCGCGUUUCUUCGAUCUACUUUGCUUCUGCAUGGAGGACCCCAACUAUGAGGUUCGACAGUCGUCAUACGCCCUCCUCGGUGAUUGUGCCAUCAAUAUCUUCCCUCAACUCGAGCCUUUUAUCCCUAACAUAAUGCCCACCCUUGUCAAGCAGCUUGAUCUUGAUCUCAUCCGGGACGACGAGCGCCACACUGGCUUCAGUGUCCUCAACAACGCCUGCUGGUCAUGCGGGGAGAUUGCAGUGAACGAGAAGGCAGUUCUGUCCCCGUACAUUGACAAGUUGUAUCAGGGGCUGUACAUCAUCAUCAACAAUGAAGAGAUCAUCGACUCGGUUAACGAGAAUGCCGCCAUGGCAUUAGGUCGCCUCGGUUUGUGCUGCUCUGACCAGCUCGCGCCGCUUCUCGGCGAAUACGCGAACUCAUUCUUGAAAUCCAUGGCCAAGAUUGACUUUACGCGUGAAAAAGCAUCUGCAUUUUUGGGAUUCAACCAGGUGGUCGUGAAGAACCCACAAGCCAUGGAGUCAUGUCUGGGGGAGUAUUUCCAUGCAAUUGCCACGUUCCCUAACAAGUCACUUGACCAGGAGGAGUACCAUGAUAUCCAAAACUCCUUCCAGCAGGUCUUGCAAGGUUACAAAAACAUGAUACCCGACUUCGAUUCCUUCCUCUCACAACUCCCUCCCACAGUGACUCAGAAGCUCCGUACUGUAUACCAAAUCUAGAUGCAUCUUCCAGAUCCAUAUUUUCAGCUAGUGAUGUUUUCUAUUUAAUUAAAGACCUUUUUUUCUUCUAUCUUUCUUCUUCCCCUAUCCUUUUUGUUCCUUGUUCCUAUUCCUUUUCUUUUUUAUCUUUUAAUUUUAAUUUUAUUUUUUUUUAUUUUUAUUGUUUUUCUUUUUGGGCUGGCGGCAAAAAGAAUGGCGCAGUUAGAUUAUAUGCAUUCAUUUCCAUUCCAUCCCAUCUUUAUCCUUCCAAUUGAAUCGGCAUGGCAUUGUACGUUAUGAAUAUUCAUUUGUUUCGUUUUCAUGAUGCUAAUGUAAUGGCCUUUUUUCUUUUGCGUUGAUUAUUUCGAAUAUUUCAAUGGAUUGGACCGGCCAAUUUGACGGAAUUAGGAAUUAAGUAGUCAUGGCGUUUUUCCAGCCCUUUUCUCCCUUUUUCCUUUAAAUCUAUGAGACUGAUUAUGGCUUUUCCGUAUUUGAUUACUAUUGCUAUAUGUUUCUGUCUACCUCAUUUACCUUAAUCCACGGUAGCAGCUACCAAGCGAUGUAUACUAUCAUUUAUGGUUCAGUAUAUAUAUCUCUAGCCACGCACGCUACUUAGAAUUUAUUGAAUAAAAGAAUAAAAGAUGUAUUCACGCCC